AUGAUAUAAUAGAUUAAAUUUUACGAAAAAUUAGAAGAAUUUAUAAGCUCUUCACUUGAAUCUCAUUAGGUUCUCCAUAUUAAUCUGCAGAGUUCCAAUUAAAUUAGUGAUUAAGGUAUAUAACGCUUAGGUUCUGCUUUAAAAAAUUGCACUAACCUCUCAAAUUUGACACUUGAUCUUGAUGACAAUUAAAUUGGUGAUUAAAGUGCAUCAGACUUAGGUUUUGCAUUAGCAAAUUGCACUAAUCUCACAAAUUUGACACUUAAUUUUCGUGGAAAUUAAAUUGGCGAUUAAGGGGUAUCAGGAUUAGGCUCUGCUUUAGUAAAUUGCAUUAAUCUCUCAAAUUUGAUACUUGGUUUUUAAUAUAAUCAAAUUGGAGCAAUUGGUGUAUCAAGCUUAGGUUCUGCUUUAGCAAAUUGCACUAAUCUUUCAAAUUUGACACUAAAUGUUUGUGGAAAUUAAAUUGGUGACUAGGGUGCAUCAGGCUUAGUCUCUGCUUUAGUAAAUUGUGCUAAACUCUCAAAUUUAACACUUGAUCUUUAAUCUAAUUAAAUUGGAGCAAUUGGUGCAUCAGGCUUAGGUUCUGCUUUAGCAAAUUACACUAAUCUCUUAAAUUUGGCACUUAAUCUUUCAUUCAAUGGUAUUGGUGAUUCAGGUGCAUCAGACAUAGGUUCUGCUUUAGGAAAUUGCUGUAAUCUCUUAAAUUUGAAACUUGAUCUUGGGUCUAAUGAAAUUUGUGCAAUUGGGGCAUAGGGAUUAGUUUCUGAUUUAGCAAAUUGCACUAAUCUCUCAAAUUUGACUCUUGAUCUUGGAUACAAUGGUAUUGGUGAUUAAGGUGCUUCAGCCUUAAGUUCUUCUCUAGCUAAUUGCACUAAUCUCUCAAAUUUGAGACUUGGCUUUUAACAAAAUUAAAUUGGCGAUUAAGGUGCAUCAGACUUUGGCUCUGCUUUAUCAAAUUGCAAUAAUCUCUCAAAUCUGAUACUUAAUCUUCGAUUCAAUGAUAUUGGUGAAACAGGUGCAUCAGGCUUAGGUUCUGCUUUAGCAAAUUUCUCUAAUCUCUCAAAUUGUUCACUUGAUCUUCAUUUUAACUUAAUCAAAGAAUCAUAAAAAUUGAAAGUAAAAAGCAAGUAUCUUAAAUCAAAAAGAUUAGUUGUCUUUAAAAUAAAUAUCUGA